CCCAGCGCUGUGUUUGCUGCCUUUUCACCCCUCUGGAGCCGCACUGUGCCCAGAGCAGGCCUGCAGUCACCACGUCCCCGUGUGGGGCUGAGGCAGGAGGGCCUCAGGGGGUGCGCGGGCGGCGGAAGUGGAUCACAGAGCAGGGAAGGGCCAUGCUGGGUUAAAACACGGAUGGAGGACCAGCAAGGGGCUGGGGGAACUUGCCGAAGGGUCUUGCUGAGUUUUGGGACCGCGUCAAGAUUCUGAGCAGCGAAACUCCGCCCUUCUGCGGCCGCUCCCGCAGGCAGCACAAGGAGCGUGGAGGACCGAGCGCCACGCCCCGCCUUCCCGGCUAUAGAGUGCGCGUAGAGCGCCCUCACGCCGCUUCCGCCGGCCAUCUUGGGUGCGGGCAGCGAAGCUGCCGCAGCUCUCUGGCUGCGCCUCGCGCUGUUUGGAGGAGUGGGAGAAGCGGCGGAACGCGGCGCCGUAUCUGCGAAACGGGCGUGAAGCCCGAAGAGCUCGCGCCGUGCUUACCCUCCUCCUCCUCCACAGCUCCCAAGGGGCUGCAUGACGCUGUGGCGAUGAACGCGGCCAGGAGCGGCUAUCGGGUUUUCUCGGCCAACUCCACGGCGGCCUGCACCGAGCUGGCCAAGCGCAUCACCGAGCGUCUCGGUGCUGAGUUGGGGAAAUCUGUGGUGUACCAGGAAACCAAUGGAGAAACAAGAGUUGAAAUAAAAGAAUCUGUCCGGGGUCAGGAUAUCUUCAUCAUACAGACAAUCCCCAGGGAUGUGAAUACUGCUGUGAUGGAGCUGCUGAUAAUGGCUUAUGCACUGAAGACUUCCUGUGCCAGGAACAUCAUUGGGGUCAUUCCUUACUUCCCCUACAGCAAACAGAGCAAAAUGAGGAAGAGAGGCUCCAUAGUCUGCAAGCUGCUGGCAUCCAUGCUUGCCAAGGCAGGUUUAACACACAUCAUCACUAUGGAUCUUCAUCAGAAGGAAAUUCAAGGCUUCUUCAGCUUCCCUGUAGACAACCUGAGAGCAUCCCCUUUCUUGAUUCAGUACAUACAGGAAGAAAUUCCAGAUUAUAGAAACGCCGUUAUUGUGGCCAAGUCUCCUGAUGCAGCUAAAAGGGCUCAGUCUUACGCUGAGAGGCUGCGGCUGGGGCUGGCAGUGAUCCACGGCGAGGCUCAGUGCACAGAGCAGGACAUGGAUGAUGGACGUCACUCCCCUCCCAUGGUCAAAAAUGCAACUGUGCAUCCUGGUCUGGAGCUGCCAUCUGUGUCACUCCAAGGAAUCUCAGCUGUGGAAGCUGGCGCUGCUGGGCAGCCCCAUCAGUGUUGGCUCAUGCAGAACUUUGCCUUUGUCCAGCUCAGUUAUGAUUUCAUGAUGAUGGCCAAGGAGAAACCACCAAUAACUGUGGUUGGAGACGUCGGAGGAAGAAUUGCCAUCAUUGUGGAUGACAUCAUUGAUGACGUGGAAAGCUUUGUAGCUGCUGCAGAGAUCCUGAAGGAGCGUGGAGCCUACAAGAUCUUUGUGAUGGCCACUCAUGGGCUCCUGUCUGCAGAUGCACCCCGUCUCAUAGAGGAGUCUUCCAUCGAUGAGGUGGUGGUGACCAACACAGUUCCUCACGAAGUGCAGAAGCUGCAGUGCCCCAAGAUAAAGACUGUGGAUAUCAGCUUGAUUCUCUCUGAGGCCAUCCGGCGGAUCCACAACGGCGAGUCCAUGGCCUAUCUGUUCCGCAACAUCACUGUUGAUGACUAGAGCUGCCCCUGCCCCCGUCCUGGCUUCCACAGAAGGAGAAAUGCAUGAAAAGGCAAUUCCAUAAAUUAUAGGCGUAACAAAACCGUUUAUUCUUGUAGGAAGGGUGAGAGUUCUCAGGGUCUUGAGCCAUGAGAUCCAAUAGAAAAAGAUCAACCUGACCAGCACUUUACAGUUGAACAGGAGAGGCCACUGGCAGUGGGGAGGGUUUACAACUCUGAGAGAAAUGGAGAAAUGAGGAAGGUUUGAAUUUUUAAACUCCAUUUUUUUUUUUUUAAUUCUUUUUUUUUUUAGUGUUAUCACUUGCUCUGAAGGGUGGGGGGAGAAGAAAAGUGUAAAAAGAAUAGCUGUCAGCUUCUGAGACAGGAAUAGAGAGCGCUCGUUGCUGCGUGUGGAUUGCAAGAGGAAGCAACGUUUGGGUUUCUGUUUCUGAUUGUGGCUUGCCUGAGACAGCACAGAGAGGAACGGCUCGCUGAGCUGCUGGGCUGCUCCACUCACUGCUGGCACAGCAGAGGGCCAGCUGAGCACCCUGUGAUCUCUUGCAUGGCAUAGCGAGCGCUUUCAUCAGAUCCACGUUAGCAGAAAGGGCAGCUCAGGUCGUGUCAGUGCAGGGCUGCUCGGGGCCCUGUGGCUGGGCGCUGGGAACAGGCUCACAUGUCCCUCCCAGCAGGGCCAGGGGUGCUGGGCCGUUUCAUUCUGUGAGCCUGGGGUCAUUAUUGUGCUUCAGUGGAAAGUCGUGUGGGGCUCUGGGUCAGCACCUGAACACUUGUCUGCACUGCAACACCAGGCGUGAUUCCUGGAGCUGCCUGAAGUUACUGAAUGAGGGCAGAAUCUUCUCGGGGUGGGGGUUGGAGCAGCAUCUGCCUCCAGCACAGCUGAGCUCUCUGAAACAAUAACACUCAACCUGCGAUAAAAUGCAUGGGAUUUCUCAUUGUUUGGUGCUUGCAGUGACCCCUUUGCCCUCUGAACAGCUGCUGUGUCUGAACCAUGAGGCUUCUGCUGUAAGUAGGCUCUCUUGGCAGCUUGUCGCCUUCUUCCCUGGGGAAGCAGGACUUGCUACUUGUUCCUUUCUUGAGUGACACAAAUCCUUGGCUGGAGGGGACGCUGGAGAAAGCAGCGUGCAGUGCUUGUGGAGGGCAUCAUCUCCAGGUUGAUACAAGGAGAAGUUCCCAAACUGUGAUCUUCCCCCUCAAUGAAGCAAAUAAACAUGCUGCAGUAAAGCCUGUAAUACCUUCUAGCUGGUGGUGUGAUGAACAAAGCCUGCAGCAGGCAGCCUGCUGAUGGAGGGCUGUCUCCUGUCUCAUCCUUCUCUUUCAGAGACUGGGAUCUGAACGGUGCCACGGGGCCAGCAGGGCUGCUGUGAGCAGGGAGAGCCUUCAGUGCUUGCAGACAAACCUGCCUGAGCUGUAGGGGUUUGUUUUGCAGGAUGGUGUCCUGUCUU